GCACAAGCUUCACGAACAAACCGGAGACAGACUCUGGCGUGUCGUGUGUUGUCACUUAGCUGUGCCUGUCACCGUUACCGGAGUCGGUUGUCCAUCCAAGCUUUAACAAGUUUCGUCGCAUUCAUUUUGUGCAGUGUUCGUAGGCGUUAAAGAGCAGAAGAGAAAACGGGAGGCAUGUGAAGUUAGUGUCUCUUUCACCAGAGAUGGAGAAUUCAGUUGAAGAUGAGUGCGCUGACUCGGGAGCGGAGACCGGAGGCUGUGAACGAUGAAAAGAUGCAUCCUGGUUUGUUUAUAGGUCUGACUACAGUCUUAUGUCAUCAGCAAGCAGUGAUUUGUCCAUGGGGGACCUACAGGAUCCUUUUCUAGUUUCUAUCCACAUCAUCACUGACCCUGGUCAGGCCAAAACGCUCCAGCAAGCUGCUGAUCAGGUUCUCUCGUGGCUCCACCCUGAUCUCACCCUCUUCAGGGUGUCAGAACGGGCAGGUGGUCUCUCCCGAAAGCCCAAGGUCCGCCUGCAGCGCGUCACCGAACCGCCAUCACACCAGCCAGCCUUGGCUGUAAUCCUGUUUCUACAGGAUGAAUAUGGAGGUGAAGAGAGUUUUGAACGUCUCCACAGUCAGCUUAGAUGCCCACCGUGGCGAUACCACCACACAGAGCGGGUGAAUGGGCGAGGGCUCUUACCGUUUUCGCCAGCCAGCCAAGACUUUGUUACACUGGCACCAGGCACACCUCUUUGGGCACUUCGUCAGGUGCACUAUGGCAAAGAGAUUGUGCGCUUUACAGUCUACUGCUGCUAUGAGACCUACACCGAACAGGUGCGUCUGUACAGGCUGCUCCUGCGCCGAAGGCUGGCCCAGAAGAAGGAGGAUUUCUGCUUCUGUGUAGUCUUCUCCAACCCUGAAACAGAAAUCCAGCUGUCAUUCAAGCGGAUGCCCCGUGGCCAGAACCCCGUCCCCACUGAAAAUGCUGUGAUAGAGAUUCGAGUGAGGGAUGUUGGUGAACUUGUGCCACUGCUGCCACAGCCCUGCACUCCCAUCAGUGACGUCCGUUGGCAAACCAAUGAUUAUGACGGAAAUAAAAUAUUGCUACAGGUUCAAGGUUCACGGUAUUACCGCAAACACACUAUUGCAAAGUUCUGUCACCUUCCUCCUGAAGAUCCUCUGGUUACCUCCCCUCCUCCACCCGAGCCGCCCCCUCCGCCUCCUCCACCAUACGGCCGCGGGCCCGCCUCCUAUCGAAAUCGCCGUUACCACCGGAACUCAUCGCGUUCGCAGACCCAGACCCUUCUGUCUCCAGUCACACACACCUCCAGGACGUCUCCACCUACACUGUGUGAUCAAGAUGGUCACAUGGAGAGGCUCCAGAGGGAUGUGGAGCUCUUAUGGGCAAGAUGGACAGGCCACCGCACACAGUCCCUCUUUUCUCUGCCUACAGACGAGUCCCGCUCCUCGUGUGCCUCUCCGUCAAGCUUCCGUCCUCGCUGCUUCUCUUCCAUGGCUGCUCCCAUUUUCCGUGUCAAUGUGGAUACGCUAGUGGGAGCCGAAGAGACAGAUGUAGACACGGGAAAAACCAUCAGUGGCAGCUCUGUGGACCUGUCGGUGGUCUCAGGUUAUUCCCAUCCACAGCAGAGGCCCCAUUUAAAGGCCCCAGCACCACGGCCUAAGUCUGCUCCUCCAACAGAUGGAGGUCUUGAUUUUGCUGAUCUGACCUAUAAUAAUACCUCCCAAAUAAGACAGACUCCUGUGCCAUCUAGAACACAGAGCAUCUUUGCAAAAUCCACACCUUGUGUAGUACACAAACCACAGCCAAAGAAUGUGAAGGAUGUGUUGCAAGACAAAGGACAGCAGAACGGCAAUGGCGUUUUGACAGUAAAUGACUGUAGUCAAGAAGGCACUGUGGAGGAAGAGCAAGAAUUUUAUAUCUGACACAUGCAGUACAAUCAUCUCAUCAGCAGGUCUCCAGGAGUUUGGGUAAACAAAAAAUUGAAAUGUUGAGGUCUUCUAUAAUUGUAAGCACUAAGCAGCUAAGUAUUUAAACGUGGAAAACCCUUAAACCUAUCGUUCACCCA